AUAAAAUAAAAAAUGUCCAAAGGUGAUGCUAAAACAUUGAAGGAGGAGAUUCAAAAACUAUAUGAUCCAUUGUUAUUUUAUUAACAUGGUGAUAAUCCUGCUUAUAAAAGAUAUAUUGAAAUAAUGUAAGAAAAUGCUUAAGAGGGUAAAUAAAUAGAUCCAAGAACUUAUUUUGUUAAUAAAUUGCAAAGGUAAAUAUUUAAUAAAAGUAAUUAAGAAUCCAUGUAUCAAGAAAUAUAUAAGAUUUUGUAGAAAGAGACUUGAAAUGUUUUAAUUUUGUUCGUAUUUUUCCAGUUUGGAUAUGUACUACAGGAUUCUUUUUACAAGGUAAAAUAAGCAAUAAUAUAUAAAAGCUGCAUUAACACAUAGAUAAAUGUUUUUACCAAUAGGAUAAAGAGGUAUUACCAGCAUUAGACAAACCUCAUUUUUUUACAAGUAUUCAUUAAUAAUUAAAUAAUUAAAGUUUUGGUUAUGUUGGAUUAGCUGGUUAUGGAUUGUAUUUACUUGGAGCAUCUUAUUUAUGGUGGUAAGUAACUAAAAUGACAGCCACUAAAUUUUAUAAACAUUGUUUAUUAGGAGAAAGAUAAUGGUCAUAUGAAAGGGAAAGAUAAAAUAACACAUACGGAAAUUACUACUUUAAGGAUGUUCCUUUGUCAUGUGAAGAAAAUUUCCCUGAUCUAGCUAGAGGAGAAAUUGCUAAAAAGCAAAGACCUAAGCCAGAAUGGUGAUAUUAUAAUAUAUACAUUCACAAAUCAAU